AUGCUACCUUCGGAUUUCCAUUGUGUCUUUUUUGAAGGUUAUCCCCAAUGGAAUACUACAGGAGUGACAGUUGCUGGCACAACAGGUAUCUCGGGAGGGACAAUGACUUUGUUAAACGAACCACACGGUUUAUUUAUUGAUCCAGCAACGGAUUUACUCUAUAUUGCCGAUAGAGAAAACCAUCGUAUUCAACAAUAUCAAUUUUUAACCAAUGAUACAUCAAUCAUAAACACUGUUGCUGGUACUAGUCAAGUUUCAGGGUGUGCAUUAAAUCUAUUGAAUUAUCCAACCGCUGUUAGUGUUGAUAAACAACAAAAUCUCUACAUAGCUGAUGCGAGUAACAACAGAAUUCUCUAUUGGCCACAAGGAGCAACGGAUGGUGUUACUGUUGUCGGAUAUGAACGACAAUAUUGUAAACAUAAAUAUUUGAAUGAAAAAGAUCGUCGUUAUCAUUGUUUAAAUUCAUCAGAAUGUAUAAGUGUUAUGGAAUUAUGUAAUUUUAAUCGAGAUUGUCCUUUAGGUGAUGAUGAAUAUUUAGCAUGUCUAUGGUUAAAUAAAACAACACUAUCAUAUAUCGGUUAUUUUAUAUGUAUGAAUGAUGAUGUAUCAUUCUUUCGUCCAUCACAAUUGACUCAACAUUCAACAUGUUCACAACGUGAAGAUUUAAUAUUUUGGGAUUUAAUUGAUCAAUCAAGUAAUGAAAUAAAAGUACAUUUUACAACAAUACAUUUUACAGAAUAUCCAUCAAACAGAAAAUUAAUUGAAUAUACGUCAACAUCAUUUCAACCAAGUGUUAAACAAAUUCUUAAUAAAGAUAUUGAAAAAUAUGACGCUUAUUUGAUCUGGUAUUGUAAUGAUGGUAUUCUUGUUUAUCAUUCAACAGCAAAACAAAAAUGUUUAUGUUCACCACAAUAUUAUGGUGAUCGUUGUCAGUAUCAAUCACAACGACUAUUUAUAACAAUUAGAACACGUAAAAUCGGUGCAUUUGAAGAUAAUCUUCGAUUUAAAUUAUUUCUGUUUUUGAUUGAUGAUCAAAAUCAUAAUACAAUUUAUUCUUAUGAUUCAAUUAAAUAUCAAUGUAUUGAAGAACAAUUUGUAUAUUUAUUGUAUGAUAGACGACCAAAAUUAGAAAGUAUCAAUUAUUCACUGCGUAUUGAUGCGUAUAAUUUAAACAUAAAAACACAAGAAAUACGCUAUUAUUCAAGUUGGUAUCAUUCAAUUCAAUUUCAAUUUUUACCUAUACAACGACUGGUAAUCGACAUAACAAUACCUGUUAAAACUUCAGACAAAUAUCAUAUUAAUUGCGGUAAACAUGGUCAAUCAUAUCAGUAUAUGAAUAAUCUUGAUAAAUUUUACUGUCGAUGUCAUGAAGGUUGGUCAGGAAAAUGGUGUCAAUAUCAACAUCAACAUUGUCAAUGUUCUCCUGAUUCAUUAUGUAUUGGUAUUACUCAAUAUAAUCAAUCAAUAUGUGUUUGUCCAUUGAAUAAAUUAGGAUCAAAAUGUUAUAUACCAGAUCAAACUUGUCAGUUAAAUACAUGCAAAAAUAAUGGUAUAUGUAUACCAGAUAAUAAAAAAGAUUUACCAGAUACAUUUCAAUGUUUAUGUACAGAAACUUAUCAUGGUAAUCGAUGUGAAUUUUCUAAAACAACAGUACAAAUAUUCUUUUCAAAUAUUAAUAUUGAAUUACCAUCAUCUAUGUUAAUACAUUUUAUUAUAAAUGAUUAUAUUAAUCCAAAAGUACCGGAACGUGUUACAUUAUUUAAAAAAUUAUAUUUGAAUCAAACAAUUGAUAAUAGUAUUAUAACAAUAUAUCAUCAAAUAAAUUAUCGUAUUGUUUAUGUACAAUAUAAAUAUGAUUAUUAUUUAAUUAUUUUAAUAGAUGAGAAUUAUAAUGCACCGCAGAAUAUUACAACAGAAUUAUUACCGAAUUAUCGUUGUCUGUCUAUUCAUGAAUUAUUUAAUUCAACAAUUUUGUCUUAUGAAUGGUUAAAACGUGUUAAGUAUUAUCAACAACCGUGUCACAAUCAAUUAGUUAAGUGUUUUUAUGAUGAAAGACAAAUGUGUCUGUGUACAAAAGAUCAUCAAACGGAUUGUUUUGAAUUUGAUCAUAAUGCAACAUAUGAUUGUCAAGGUUAUAAUUAUUGUUUGAAUGAGGGAAAAUGUUUUCAAAAUCAUUUAACAUGUCCAACACAAUCAAUAUGUGUUUGUAAAGAUUGUUAUUUUGGUACAAUGUGUCAAUUAACAACAGUAGGUCAUGUUCUAUCAUUAGGUUCAAUUAUCGGUUAUCAUAUACAAUCUCGUUUAUCUUUAACAAAACAAUCAUUGAUUGUUAAAUUAAGUAUUGCAUUGACAGUUUGUAUUUUUUCAACUGGAAUGAUUUUGAAUAUAUUAUCUAUAAUCACGUUCAAUCAAAAGGCAAUACCUGAAAUUGGUUGCGGUUUUUAUCUUUUAUUAUCAUCAAUUAUUUCACUAAUAACAAUUUCAAUAUUUACAAUAAAAUUUUGGUUUCUCUUGUUCACUCAAAUGUCCCUAAUAACAAGUCCUACUUAUUUACAAGUUAGUUGUCGUCUUAUUGAAUUUCUACUUAAAUUUCUACCACCAAUGGUUGAUUGGUUAAAUGCUUGCGUGGCUGUUGAACGCACUGUUACCGUUACAUUUGGUGUAUCGUUUAAUCGACAAAAAAGUAAACGGGCGGCUAAAUAUGUGACACUUAUUGUUGUAUUAAUGACAAUUGUCAGUUCAAUUCAUGAUCCAAUAAAUCGUCGUUUGAUUGAUGAUAAACAGGAAGAGCGUCAUUGGUGUACUGUUACUUAUCAGGAUGUACCAUGGUUAAAUUGGAUGAAUUCAUCAUUAAAUGUAUUUCAUUUUAUUGUACCAUUUUGUAUCAAUGUUAUAUCAGCUUUAACGAUUAUAAUAAUAACAGCAAAAAACCGAUCAACAUCACAAACGCGAUUAACCUAUCUUCAACAUCUGAAACAUCAAUUUCAUCAACAUCAACAUCUGUUGAUUAGCCCAUCAAUUCUUACCAUCCUUGCUUUGCCUCGUCUAAUUAUUUCUAUCGUUUCAGGUUGCAUGAAAUCACAACGACAAAUAUGGCUAUUUUUUGCAGGUUAUUUCGUCUCAUUCAUACCGCCGAUGACAACAUUUCUGAUCUUUGUUGUACCAUCGAAAAUCUAUAGAAAUGAAUUUAAAGCAGUAUUAAAAUAUUAUUAUCGUCAUUUUCUUCGUGAAUAA